AGUCGUUCGGCCGUUCGCGUCGAGUGAGGACGUACUCGGUUGAUGAAAGGUCGCCUUGGCGCGUAGUCAUCGACGCACGCAAUUUUUAAAAUAAACUCCGACUUGUUUCUGUGUUCACGUACAACCGUGUCCAAAGGGAACGCCGGCUCCCAAUAACUGGAUCCGCUCUGUUUUUUUUUAUUGUUUUUCGUCGGCAAGUGCAAAAAGUGAUGUUAUGUGCCCAACGAGCAUUCCGUCCUGUGUAACGUUGCAACAAAGUGAACUCAAUGGAUGUAAUGUGGUUUUAAAUUGGAAACGUUAAUCCAUUUUGCUGAAUCAGAGCUGAAUAUUGUAAAAAGAUAUCUCAGGAAUGACAGUCAUCUUCUUGAUCGGAAAGCUUUUCUGAUCUCCGCACGAUACUAGACUGUAAAUAUCCAUAUGAUACACAAAGCUCAUGACUACGUGAGAGGAUCGAUGCAUGAAUUCUACGUUCCUGUUUACAAAAAUCCAGAAUGUCAAGGGGCGCAAUGAGAGGCUCGCACAGUUCACACAGCACAGGCACAGGCUUUAGAACAUCAACGAGUGUUUGCUUGCAUCGACAACUAUACCAAACCUAUUAUACUUUACAAAUGUCACCGCUGCGCUUUGUCCGACGGAUUGCAGACUUUGUCACGUCAAACUCAUUUAUGGUGCUGUUUAUAACACUCGUGCUGCUGUCUUGGCGAAGCGGAGCAACGGCUCUCGCGAACUGCCCCAGUGGCUGCAACUGCAACGACGACACGCUGGUCGUAGUGUGUGAAGAGAGUCGACUGGAUGUGCUCCCUAUCGCCCUCAACCCAUCCAUUCAGCGACUGAUCAUCCGUAACAACAAAAUCAAAACAAUUGAUAGUUCGAUGCAGUUCUACGCGGAACUACAGCAUUUAGACCUUUCCCAUAACCACCUCGUCAAUAUACCAACAAAGAGCUUUGCUUACCAGCGUAAAUUGCAAGAACUGCAUCUAAAUAAUAAUAAAAUAUCAUCUGUAACAAACACAACUUUUCAAGGGCUAAACUCCUUAACCGUACUUAAUCUUAAAAGAAACUUCUUAGAGGAGCUCACGAAUGGAGUCUUUACCACUCUCCCAAGAUUAGAAGAACUAAACUUAGGCCAGAAUAGAAUAUCACGAAUAGAACCUAGAGCAUUCUCCGGUUUGUCUGCGCUAAGAAUACUGUACUUAGAUGACAAUCAGCUAAGUUCUGUGCCGACAACAUCGUUUAGUCUUUUAGGUAGUCUCGCAGAGCUGCACGUGGGCUUAAACGCAUUCUCUUAUUUACCUGAUGAUGCUUUCGCUGGUCUGAACAGGCUAACUGUUUUAGAUUUGAAUGGAGCUGGACUCUCAAAUAUUAGCGAAAAUGCGUUCAGAGGUCUCCCGGGAUUAAGGAGUCUUAAUCUCUUAGGGAAUAGAUUAAGUGCCGUACCCACACAGCAAUUAUCUGGACUCACAAGACUAGAAGAGUUGUAUAUAGGUCAAAAUGACUUUAUCGAACUAGAAAGCCAUUCAUUCAAAGGCCUAAAGAAUCUAAAAUUUUUAGACAUAACUGGAGCAACUCAGUUGGAACGAGUCGAAAAGGGUGCCUUCGAAGACAACGUAAAUUUAGAGACGGUCAUUAUUGCUAACAAUAAGAAGUUAUCUAUCAUAGAAGAUUGUACACUCCUCGGUCUACCAAAACUAAAACAUGUAUCUCUAAGAGACAACGCUAUUGUAACGCUUAGCGAAACAGUCUUUAUUGGUAAAGAACUUAAACAAUUGGACUUAAAUGACAACCCUAUCUUCUGCGAUUGUCAACUACGAUGGCUUCAGGAGCUUUUAAACGAAAAAAGUAACUUUACUCAAAUUCAAUGCGCCAGUCCCGAUAACUUAAAGGACAAAUAUUUGAAGACCCUAAAUGUCGAUGAUUUGGGCUGUAUAUUACACGACACACGGCAACAAACAAUCAUUUGUGUCGUUGUUGUAGCAUGUGUGGCCACAAUCGCGACCUUAGUCUUAAUAUUAUACCGAUACCGUAAGAGCAUGCAAGAGAAGUUAAAAGAUUACAAGUGGAACAAGGGACGUAAGAACCUUGAAUAUCAUAAGCCGAUUUCAACUGAGGAGGAUUGCAUAGUGCGUGGUAUUCAUCCUUCACAAUACCCGGCGCCACCUCCGCACACUCCCGGCCUCAGGCCUAUUCCUGUGACGGAACUGUAGCUAGAGCUUUACGCCUCUCCGAGCGUUUUCUUUAUGUCAGGCGGCCAGGGCUCAACGCGACGGCCGCAACGCUCGGGAGGCGGCGGCACGAUGCCCGCCAAUGGAUUCACGUAUAUCGGCGUUGACGGCCGCUCCCACCAACCUCAUCAACCUCUUACACUAAACAACGGCGCACCCGCACACCACCUAAAUAAUGGUUCCUUACGUUCCCUGCCGGAUAAGAAAAACAACCGUAACGGCGUUGUCUGCCACCCAGAAAACUUCCAGAGAAAUCUUGACACCCGCUAUUCCAGAAAGCAGGAAAAUGGGUAUCUGCGAAAUUCAGAAACCGUAAUGGGGUUUCCCCGGGAUCGUGAUAGAGACUACGAGCGAGAACUGCCGGACUAUAGUGAACCGGAGUACUCUAUUAUUCAAGAGGGCUACGGAAGACCGACGGAUGACUAUCCGCGAUCCUGCAGCCAUUCCAACACCUUCAAUUGUUGAGUGCACGCCAUGAACUAUUUAAACCGUUUGUGAUCUUGUAAUUCUAGCAAUAAAUCUUCAUUCCAUUAUGUUUUCUAUGAAUGGACUCAGUUGUGAUGGGAUGUAGUGCUCUAGAGUGGUUAGUGACUUUAGUAUUUCGAGUCCGAUGUACGUACGACCAGUGAGGACUAUCCUGAAUCGUAUUCGGUUUUAAUAAGAAAGUACCUUAUUUGUAAAUUAUAAAUUUAAGUAGUGAGGGAUCUAUUUUUCAAUAAAAUGUAAGGGGGUGGUUGUUUGAAAGUUUGACUUUCAUACAGAAACGAGGUGGAUUCGUGAUGCAGUACAGUUAUCGUGUCGCAAAGCGUUUUAAGUGCCUACUUACGUCCCGACCGCAAAGCCAACAGAGUUGUUCAAAGCAAUGUGACGCACUGACAGCUACCUAUCUGUUUUAGUAUAGUUUGUAUUCUCUGUUGAUUUUAUAGUCCGGACGUGCGUAGUACUCUUUAAUUGUAUUUCGUUCGUUAUAUAAAACAUAAUAAUACAACUGUCCUUGGAACAACGCAAUGUGUCAUAACGAUUGCUGCACUCUGAACGAUCUGACCAAAAUCGUACAAUGUACAGGCUAGUCGAAAUAAGCUUAAAUAAAGGAGGUUGAUGUCAGAUAGUGAGGAGCCUCUCCUAUUAUUAUUCAUCUAAAUAAUGUGAUUUGUAUUAUUUCUUCCGCAGCUGUGGAGUUAUGUCUUUAAUUUUGUACAAAAACCAUUCCAUAAGAAAACCUUUCUAAGCUAACUUUUUUAUUUAUAGAUUACUAAAUUAAGUAUGCAUUAAAUAAGACACCAAUAUGAGAAAUAAAAUAUUAGAAAUUAACGAAUGUAAAUAUAUUUAUAUUGAGAUAUUUAUAAAAUUUAUUACGAUCUUGUUCUUCUCAAAUUAUCAUAAAAUUAUUUCGUGUUUUUCUGAUAUAAGUAUUAUAUUAUUUGCCUUUCGGGCUGACAAGCGAUCCUAUGAGAUUUCAUGGCUCGUCGCUACCUAUUAUUAAUAUGUACACAAAAUUUCAUAUUGAUUAGGCAUGAAAGCACCACUUUCCAAUCUCGUCACGUCUUGGUCACUUCGUAAUGCUCAAUCCUAAUAUAGUAUUUUUUUUAAAUUUUCACUUGUCGAUACUUAUUAGCCUUUGUCAUUUAAACUUAGAGUGUACUGCUAGAGAAACCCUUAAUAAAAUGUGUUUUAAUAGGUUAUAUAAAAGAAACUGAAAACCUGAUUCAGUUUAUUUUAGUAAUUGCAACAGGUUAAGGUAAUCAUAUUUAAUAAAUAUGAGAUUUGAUACUCAUCGUGCGCAAGUUCUUCAUUGCAUAGAAGGUUAACUCUAGUGGUAAUUUACACUCCGAUAUUGACCUCAUGUGCGUGUGUUUUUUUAAGCAUUCUACAUAAUAUAAAUAAAGAUUAUCCGUUUCUCACAUUUCAUAUCAUACGUCCACGAUAAGAAUAGGAAUGUCAAACUGAUGUUUACUCGUAACUUCGCAUUAUGACUUCAAGUGUCGUGCUUAAGAUGUGCAAAAAGUGAAAUUAAAAACACUUAAAAACAAUUAUUACUAUAUUUCUCUUACGGUCAAUAAAACAUUGUGUGACAUCAGAGGUAUGGCAUUAGCAUAUUGAAAAAAAAAUGUUGAAAACUUAAUAUAUUAUACAGUAUUUAAAAAUAUUUUUCUUGGCUAUACAUCUUUUAGACACUGAUAGUACUAAAAUGAUAAGACAGUUAAGUGAAAUUGUCGAAAAACGAAACCCUAUUCUUAUCGUAAACGCAUACUAUUAAAGUUGUUAAUAAUUGAACCGCUAAAUACAUUUUACCAUGUUAUUAAUAUUUUUAAUUAUUGAGUUAAACUUUAUAAAAAAGAAUUGUCAUAUUUUUUUUAUAUUUUGUGUGAAAUUUGACCAUUUGCCAAUAACAUUCUUAUUUUCAUAAACAUUUAUUUUGUAAGAAAGAUUUUUAUAAAAUACUUAUUUGAAGAGUAUUAAAAUAAUAUCACUUAUUGUUAUUUCAAAUUUUACGUCACAGAUAUUGAUUUUUUUAAUUGAUACUUUUGGUGUAACUUAUUUGUUUACAAUUAAAAAAAUCUUCACAUUAGAAAAGGGUCAAAAGUUUGAUUCAAGUAAUAUUAUAAUGCGAAAGAAUGUAAGGAGAUAACGCGAUAUUGUGGUCUUGUAAAUAUGGAGAAAUCAAAGACUAAAGCAAAUUAAGGCAUACAUAGUGAAUGCCUAACGAAGUAUACAAAUUGAUGAAUACAUAUUGGAAAUUGUGAUUAGUGUACUCACGUUGUAAUAGGGCAUCGGUCAUUUCUGUACUUUAUUGUAGUUAUUACCUACAUACAAACUCGAUAAAUAUAACAUACCUCAAACUUU